AGAAACUUCAUUUUCAUUUCCUGGUUAGGUUUGGCAGUUAUAAUACAAAGCGAGACACUCCUUUAGCCUGCGUUUGGCUACAUAUCUACAGGCUGCACGCUGCGGUUGCUAUUCUUAAUCAUGGAUGAUUUUGUUCUCAACAAAUUAUUUGAAUGGGAUCUCAGCGAAUUGAUACAAACAUUUAAAGAGCAACACAUUGACAAGGAAGCUCUUUAUGAACUGGAUGAUCAAACCAUUGCUGAGUUGAUCCCCAUUGUUGGAUCCAGAGUAAAAUUCAAGAAAAGACACAAGUUGUUAUUGAAGGAACAAAACACAACAGAUCCGGAAACCUCUGAAUCUUCUGUUCAGUGUAAAUGGGAGUAUGACGAGGAAGCUGUUUUUGCUCAGGUUGGUCCGUCCACCAGCAAAACAAAUGAAAAAGAAAAAGAAAAGAGGAAGUUGGAUCUUCAGGGUGAGUCCAUCCAAAGGCAAUCUCCAACCAGAAAACGUCCACGUGAGGAUAAACAAGGAUCAUACACAGAAGAAGUCAUUCUGUCUGAUGUGAAAAACAUCAUGAGAUGUGUCCUUCAGAAACUACCUGACCAAGACAACAAGCUCAACAAGUUCCUGAAACAUAAAAUCAAAAAUUUGGAGACGGACAAGAGGGAGGUGGUCGGCGUCUUUGGUAAAACGGGGGCUGGAAAGAGCUCUCUGAUAAAUGCCGUCAUUGGAGUGAAGAACCUCUUGCCCUCUGGAAGAGUCAGUGCAUGUACCUCUGUGAUGAUUAAAGUGGAGGCUAACAUGCAUAACCAAAAGUAUGAGGCAGAAAUUGAGUUCAUUGCAAAAGAGGAGUGGAAAGAGGAGCUGUGGACCUUGAUUAACUUCCUUGGUGAUAACGAAGAUCAGGAAAAAGACGAAAGUUAUCCAGACACUGUUGAAAAGCUGUCAGCGCUGUAUGGAGAAGAAUGGAAAAACAAAUCUCCUGAAAACCUCAUGGAUAAGAAAUACUUCAAAGAAAUUCCUGAAUUUCUCCAUCCCAAGAGUAAGAUUUUGACAAGUGAUACAGCUAAAGAGUUAUCUGCAAAAUUUGUCAAGUACACAAGAAGUGAUUCAAAAGAGGAAGAUGAUAAAGACGUCAGGAGGUGGUAUUGGCCACUGGUGAAGUGUGUGACUGUCAGGGUGCCGAGGAAUGGUCUUCUCCAGCAUGUCACACUUGUGGAUCUUCCUGGAAAUGGGGACCGUAACAAGAGCAGAGACAGGAUGUGGAAAACGGUGGUUGGAAGUUGUUCUACUGUGUGGAUUGUGACUGAACUUAAUCGAGCAGCUGCAGAAAAAGAACCCUGGGAGAUCCUGGAAGAAUCCUGUAGCCUCAUGGGAAAUGGUGGCGAGUGUCGGCAGAUUCAUUUUAUCUGCACCAAGUCUGAUAGUCUUGGAGGUUCAGAUGAUCAUUCAGCUGCUGGAGUUCGUGCUCAGAUACUAAAACAAAACGAGCAAGCCAAGAGAAAAGUGAGGGGAGAAUUCAACAAACUAAAAGACGUUAAGAAACAAUUCAGUGAGGAGUGUUUCAAGGUUUUCACAGUGAGCUCCACAGAGUUCUUGAAAAAGGAACAUCUAGAUCCAGAUGAGACAGAAAUUCCCAAACUGCAGGAAUUCCUGCAAGAUCUCAAUGAUUGGCACUCUGAGACAUUUAACUAUGUGUCUGGAGCUCGUGGGAUACUCUCUCUGAUUCUGGGAGCCAACAGUAAAGAAGGGGCUGACAUAAAGACGCCUGUGUCCAUAGAACUUGAAGAAAAGCUGCAGCAUGAACUUGAUAAAGUCAGGGAACCCAUGCAAGAGACCCUUACGGCUUUUGAAAAAAGCCUCAGUGAGGGGGUUGAAAAAUCUAAAAGUUCAUGUGAAAAAGUCUUGAAGUCGGUCCUGUAUCCCACAAAGAAAGGUCGUUCAUUUCACAGGACAUUGAAGUCUCUCGUUGAGAAUGAUGGCAUCCACAAAACAACAAAAGGGAGAUCAAUAAACAUCAACAUGAAGUUAGCGUCAUGUUUGACCGGCAGCAUUGACGAGGAAUUUAAGAAGACCUUCCCAAAUGAAGGACACAGUGGACCAUUCAACGGAGCCAUCAAUGCGUUUUCACUUGGCACAGAGAAUCUGAUGAAUAAGGAGCGUGAAAAUGUCAAACUGCAGCUGACAUUUCUCAGGACAGAGGAAGAAAAAGUGAAAACAAACCUCACCAAACUCAUCCGUGAGCGUAAGAAAACGAUCUACAGCAGUCUGACAACAACAAUUGAGGAGACCAUGAAAGAAUGCUAUGACAAAGCAAAAACUUUUAGAGGUGAAGGAAUGCAGAAAAACAUGAGAGAAACUAUUGAAAACCACGUACAUGGUUCAAAGAACAUCAUGUUUGAUCAGGCUAAAGACACUAUGAUGAAGCAGCUGAGAGAAUUGAUGUUGGAGAUCCUGGAGAAACUGGAGAACAAAAUGCAGGAAUCAAUCGAGCUGUCACUCAAGACAGAUGGUGUCUCUAUCCCAGAUGUAAGUGUGGAGCUUAAGAUGGUAAAUAACUACUACAAUGAACUGACCGAAAGCCCAGAUGAUGAUUCAAUUCUUUGUAGUGAUUAACCCGGUCAAGCAGCUGCAGUGCGACCAUGAUGUGCACAGGGUUGAUCAGUGGAGAGUAACAGCAGACGCCUGUUAACACAGCGAGGAUAGAAGACGUGAGGCCUCUGGAUUGGGUCUCAACUAUUUUAAGUUCUUUUUUUUUUUCUCUUUGAGUGGUUUUUAUUGUUAACAUAAUGCAGUGCCCUAUCCUAUAAUCCUAUAAAAAAAGCAGCUUGAUGAAAAGCUUUGGUUGUGCAGUCCAUCAAGGAAUAUGUCCAUGUCAAUAGCGACCCCCAUUUCCACCCCACCCCUGCUUUCGUUUGCAUCUGCAUUUUAGUUUUCUGCCAGAAGCUUUCAUUAAUGUACUUUGUAAUCCAGUUUUCAGCACUUUUCUACUAAUGACUUUAAAUAUUGGUCUUUGUACUAACAGGCUUUUACCCUAGCUCAGGCAACAGGAGUUUUAGGCACAUUUAUGUCCGAUUCUAGAACGACAAUCAGAAGUUAAGACCUUGGUUUGUACCACGUUUGGAAAUGUAAGAGGACUUACAGAUCAACUAUGAAACGUUAAACCUCCUGCACUAUUUGCAGAGAAAUAAGCUAAGGUAACUUUGCGUUAGCCUGUAGCCUCUCUGGCUUUUAUCCACCAAGGAAAUCCUAACUUUACAAGUAAACUGCUUUAUUCAGUGCUGAACCAGCUUUACUCUCUGGGUCAGUUUGUUUUGGAGAGGAGACUUCUGGGCACAUUUUGACUCCAAUGAAAUACUAUGGUUUGCUAUGCUGUCUUUUGUAAUGUUUUGAAUGAGAUCCCUCUAGUGAAUAAGUCCUCACUAUAUCCAUGUAUCUCAGAAUAGAUGUUGGAUCUCAGCCAUUACUGUGAUGUCACAGAGACGUUUUGCUUUUAAGGAUUUAACAGUUGUUUUGUCUUUUUAAUACAUUUAUUUUCAGGUUUUGUAUCUGUUUUUAUUUUUGUUAAGCAUGGUUUGAUAAUUAUAGGCUGAAAUAUCAAUGAAUGAAUUAAAUCCCAAACCUUGAUCCCAGCACUACUGUAGGAUGAUAUGGAUGUGGACUUCUCAAAGAAUGAUUUUGAUCUGUUUUCUUUUAUUUUAAAGGACACAACUCACUGCAAAUGAAUGGUUUGUUUUUUUUUUAAUUCAUAUAUGAGAAAUAGAGAGAUCUGGGUGAUGGCUUAUCUGGUUUAUUGUUAUUUACUUUUUUUUAUCCACCUAUAUUUGAAAUGCAUACAUGUAUGUGAUUUUGUAUACAAUCCAAUAAACCAAUCCAAUUCA